AUGAUGCAGAAUCCCCUGGAGCUGGAAGCUCAUUACCUGCCUCACGAGCCGAUCCAUGAUUAUAGGUCUCACCGAUACAGGAGCUUUAUGAUCGAGGAGAUACUGACUGAACCCCCGGGCCCAGGCAAAGUCACGAAUGGGGGAGAGCUCCUCAAAUUCGGGGUUCAUGCCCUGCUCAACAGUCGGCCCUACCACAGCCAUCUAGCCGGCCUGAAAACAGACCACACUGGAGUUUUUAAGUUCCCGCUGGGUCCGAUUUCGUGUAGUCUUGCCGCGCCGUUGGGUUCAGCGUUGGUAUCUGGAGGAUCGAGCCUGCCCACCGGGCCCGGAGGUCCGCACCUUCCCUUAGACCUGCACCUCCGCUCCAAGCUCGAGCAAGGUCCCGAACCAGGAAACAAAGCAAAAAAAGGCAGGAGGAGCCGAACAGUCUUUACUGAACUGCAACUAAUGGGACUCGAGAAACGAUUUGAAAAGCAGAAAUAUCUCUCAACACCAGACAGAAUAGACCUAGCAGAAUCUUUGGGCCUUAGUCAACUUCAGGUGAAAACUUGGUACCAAAACCGAAGAAUGAAGUGGAAGAAAAUAGUAUUGCAAGGUGGAGGCUUGGAGUCCCCGACAAAGCCGAAAGGUCGUCCAAAGAAGAACUCCAUUCCUACAAGUGAACAACUUUCAGAGCAAGAAAAGGUAAAACAAGCCGAAAAACAAAUCGAGAAUUCCCCAUCACCUUCUGAAGUUAAUCAGGAAGAAUAACGCUUCAAGAUGGUUAAAGUAAAACUAUAUACAUCCUCAUGUGGUGUUGACGCCAAUUUUACAGACUGACCUUGAAACUCCAGCGAGCCACGUGUCUAACGAUGUUAACGCGUCAUACAUAUGGAAUUUACACCCAAACUGUAAAUGUCAGCUCCACCUUUGAAUUAUACUGUUUUCCCUCUCUCCAAACACCAGCUGAUGGAACUUAUCGCUGACAGAUUCACCAAUAUUAUAUUUUA